UAUUAUCUUUGUGUUUGAAUUACAUAGAUCAUGACAAGUUGACGAAAGUAAACAUUAAACAUAGUUGUCGUCAAUAUUACAAAUACUACUACAUGAAUUUGCUAUGACACAAGGUUGUGAUAAUGGAUGACGAAAGUGAUAAUCCCGAGUACGACUUGAUGAUAUCAUCAAAAGACUGGCAAAAAGUGACAAACACACAUAUUCAGGCUGGUUUUAGAGAAGGUGCAGAAGAAGGAAGAAAAAAUGCAUUCCAGAAAGGUUUUGAUGUAGGCUACAUUGAAGGAUUUUCAGUUGGCCACAAAUUAGGUAUCAUCAGAGGAGUAUUGAGUGUUCUUCAGAAUGAUACUGGACAUUCACCAGCACCAAGCAAAGAAGAGGAAAAAAGAUGCAAGCCUCUCGGCAACCCAUUAAUAGAUAUUUGCAAACUUUGUGAAGAAGACAACCAGAACCAUGACUCUCCUGCAGAUGUUUCUGAAGUACGCUUAAAUCAAGAAAGGAUAUCAGCUGAAAAAAUUAAAGAAUUAAAAGACCAGAAUGCAGAACAAUUUACUAAAUUUGGUAUUCUAAUCGAUGACAUUAUGGAUUCUAAAUAACAACCAUAGAACAGUCUCCUACAAUUUUUUUCUGGUGCCAAGAAUGUGAAAUGUCAUAUGGACAUAGCUGACUGAUAAAAUUGUGAGCAUAUUCUUUUGUGUAUUUUUUGUUAGAGUUGCUAAUUAAUACUCCAAAAACCAGAAUGACAAAAGCAUGAUUUUAAAAACUUAAUAAGUUACAGUAGUAAGUAACAUAUAAAUAUCCGGUAUAGUUCUGGAUUCAUUGCACUAGCUUGUAAAAGAAUUUGCAACCAAUUUUCCUAUUUACUUGAGUGAACACAAGAAAAAAGUGUUUUACCACUACCUACAAUGCUAAUAUAAAAAUAGUUGUUUAUUAAUUACUUGUGACAGACUUGACAUUUACUUAAAAAAUGAUAUACGAAGAAGGCUGAAAACAUGAUGCAGCUACAAAAGAGCAACUUUUUCAUUUGUUCUUUUCUUUAAAAUAAUCAAAUCUUUUUCAAAUUGUUUGUUAUUUAUAGUCUUAGAAUGUUUUGUAUUUGAGUAUAAAAGAAUAAUUGAAUAUAUUUAUUUUAAUAUAAAAGCUCUACCUUUGUUUUGUCAGCUUUGAAUUUCAGGCAUUUCCAAUUCAAAGUAAAGACUUCCUUUGUUGAAUAUACUUUUAAAAUCCAAUGAGAAGCAUUUUUAUGUUGGACAUACUGCAUAUAUGCUGUGAAACACAUUGUACCAAAUUGUUACAUUUAAUAUGUAAUUAAAAUAAAUCUUGUAUUUUUUCAUUCAUUUA